AUGUUCAGACUCGAGCGAAUACCUUUUAGAGGCCAGAACGGUCAGAAUGGUCAAGACAAUGCUUCAACUUCACCAGAUGCGAGCCAGGAGAACGUUGCAGAAGACGCUCGGCUCUCAAAAGAUGUCAAGGAUUUACGUGAUCGGCUCGAUCAGAUGAUGGAUAUGUUCAAAAACCAAUUUCAAAGAAUCUCUUCUCCUCUCUUCCUUGGUGAGCGCCUAGAGAUGAACAGACAAUAUGAGGCGUUCAGUAAGGAAAGGAAUGAGUUUAAGAAAGAAAUCCACAAAACCAACACCACAAUGAAAGACUACACCUCCACCAUUCACCGCACAGGCGAAAAACUUCGCAACCUAGUCGCCACACAAGCAGACGACAUAUCCGCCAUCAAGACCGACCUCCGCAAGACCGAGAAAAAUCACCAAACAAAUCAAACCUGGUUGCACAAGAGGAUUCUGGAGCAGCAAGGUGUGAUAAAUGCGCAGCAGGCGCAGAUGAAUAAUAUGGUGGGGUGGCAGCAGAAGACGUUUGAGGAGAUUAAGACUUUGGAGGGGCAGGUUGCGUGGUUGAGGAAUGAGAUGUGGCAGUUGAGUGGGAGGUCUGGUGCGCCGGUUAAUCAGGCGGGAAGUGGCGGAAACACUGGCAGUGGAGGGAAUGGCGGGAGUGGAGGAGGUGGUAACACUAAUGGAGCGAGCGGAACAGGUGGGACAGGAAGUGGCGGCGGAAAUGCUGGUACGCAGACUGGUGGUCAGGGGGAGAAGUCAACGGUUGUCGAAGACAGUGAUGAUGAACUGUAA